AUGGACUGUGUCGAUACCCCCUGGAACGGGGUUCCCACUGUCUACCAGCCAGAGGCUCAGAGAGCUGGCUACUUGCCAAGGGGAUCAAUCUCAACAGCGACUGGAGGGAAGCAAGUGUGCAAAAAGAGUCUUACGUUUGUCUUAGAAUCAGAUGACGCCGGCCUGGGGAAAACGCUGUUGAUGCUGUGGAUCGCCUAUGGGCUAGCACGAAAGGAGGACAGAGCAUUCUUCAUCGAUGACACCAGGUGGGCAUAUGGCAACUACACCGACAUUUUCUUGCCGCCCCCUCUCCCAGACUGCGCAGCACCACCGGCCCACGAGAUUCUUCCUUGCCCGCGGCAGGCCCGCCAUCUCGUGGUGUCUGCUGAGACAGCAGAUGAGUUCUUCCGGGGCAUAUUGAAGAAUAACAGUCAGCCAUGGUCAGAUUCACGCAACCAUCAGUCCCGCAAAGAGCAAUUCGACCUCGCACGACAAGGUUACGAAGCGCUCUUCAGACUAAACUCCGCCGAUAGCGAGUACGUGGCUUCUCGUUUGCAUGAGUUGACUUCAGCCAAGAAGUUGGUUUCUACAAUCGCCGUGGGCAUUCACGUCCGUCGUGGCGACCGCCAUCCGCUCGAGUUCGAGUACCGGCGUUCUUACAUCCCCUUAUACGCUUACGCCGACGCAGCCGGAGAGAUUAUCAUGCAAAGGAAUAGGGGAACAACACCAGCUACUGGCUUCCUAAUCCUCUCCUCCGAUGACCCAGCAGUUUAUGCAAGUGAAGAACUUCGCGGUGCCAUUCCUGCCCAAGACAGAAUUCGGUUGGGCCUCAGAGAGACCCUCCACACGGCUGACGUGGUUCAACGAGAUAAAUCUGUCAUUUACAAGUUUGUCGAUCAGGACGAUAUCAGUAAUGACGACGCAUUGUCGCCGUUUGCCGCCAGUAGAAUUUGGCAUGGAGGAUUUUUUAGCGAUACCUUCUGGAAUCUGGGAUUGCCUGCCAACGCGCAUGCCCAUGUGCAUGCGCAUUCUUACGGCCACAGCCAUAGCCAUGGCUACGCCCAAAUCCCCGUCACCGCGAACGGUCAGGCUCCAGCGAAACGCUUGCCGGUUGAUGCCACACGUAGCAGCAAAGAUGUCGAUACAAUUAUCACCGAUUCGACACCCAGGGCACUGCACCUCCGCAGCAUUGUAGGGCGAGCCUACGUAAUGGACUUGGCGGUGCUCGCUGGGGCGAGUGACGAUAUUGUGUGUGCCGACUGA